UGUCAGUAGAGGCUUUUUGAGGAGAUAACUGUUGUUGUUGGAGCGUGUACUGCGAUGGCGGACGAGGAGGGGCAGCCGCAGCACAUCAACCUCAAGGUGAGUGUGCCACGUCAAAAUCGAUGAGUUGACGAGAGCAGGAGGACAAGGGAAGGAGGGAGAGAGGAGCCAGGCGGUCAGCUGGUCUGGCGUGAUGGCUGCCGAAAGCAGAGGCUAAAAAGAUCUGGGCGUGUUAUGUCUUGGAAGCGAUGAGUGGGAUGGCCUUUGCCGCGUUGUGUGUGGUUGGAUGUGUGGGUGCAGGUGAAGAGCCAGGACGGCAAGGAGGUCUUCUUCAAAGUCAAGUCAGUGACAGAAAUGUUAAACGACACACACCACUGCAAGCCCACCCAGCAAAAGGCGGCCUUAGGGGUGUGGUGUGGUGUGUCAGAAAGUGGACCAAAUUCGAGAAGCUCAUGAACGCCUACCACCAGAAACUGGCACUCGCACCCAACUCUGUCAGGUACGUACCGCAGCGGUCAAACCAAACCAGGCAGGCUACCACACUGUCAUCCAUGCCAAUGAGGGUGUGUGUGUGUGUGUAAGGUUUUUGUUUGACGGCGACCGCAUCGCUAAGGAGAGCACGCCCGACGACCUGGGCAUGGAGGACGGGGAUGUCAUCGACGCAGUCGCCGAACAACAGGGUCAGACAGAACACACGACACACACAAGACAGAGAGAGAGAGGAGGAGCAUCCUCUCACUGUUUAUGUGUGUGUGUGUGUGUGGUGUGUGUGUGCAGGUGGCGGCAGCGGGUGACCGACCGGCUGUGAGUGGCGGUCAUUCGCACCCUGUGGCGACAUACCCACUAGUCUAUUCCUGCCUGCCUGCCUGUGCAUUACUCUCUCUCUCCUUCUCCCUAUCCGCUGACUGACACACUCGCUAUAGCUAGCCACGACACACACAGUCACAUGCGCACACGCACACGCACACCUGAAUGUUA